UUUUCCUACGAAGAGUACGAUUAAAGUAUAAAGUAAAAGAAAAGAGGAAUGGCGAGGCUGUGAAUGUGUUCCCCAAUUGUAAAGUGAGAAGAAGACCGAAGCACCGGAGCUUGUUGGCAGCGUCACUCCCAGCAACACCCGCAAACACCGCAUUCGUCGACUCCGUCAUCAUCAACUGUUGGGAUUAGGGAAGAUGAUUUUAAGGCAAUUGGAGCACAUACUGUUGGCGCAGACUUAUACUCCCAUUACCAGGAGUUCCAGUUACCAGAGCAUGAGGUGUUCCUCCAUCGCUAGGUUCUUCACAUCAUCAGGAGGGCCUCGAGCUUUCUCCUCCAUGGUUACUAGAUCCUGCAAGGCGGGUUUCAGGGUUUUCUUCUUUUGGUUGUCAAGAUUUCAGCACAUAUGGAGUCCGAAUCUUUUACGUUUGGGCCUUACAAAAUAAAUCCAAAAGAAGUAUUUUACUCUACCAAUCUCUCUUACGCCAUGGUGAAUCUGCGGCCCCUUCUCCCUGGUCAUGUACUUGUCUCCCCGAGGCGUGAAGUCAAGCGCUUUGCCGAUCUCACUAGUGAUGAGACUUGUGACUUAUGGCUCACUGCACAAAAAGUUGGCAGCCAGUUGGAGCUCUACCAUAAAGCAUCGUCGCUAACUCUUGCAAUCCAAGAUGGGCCUCAAGCAGGACAGACUGUACCACACGUCCACAUUCAUGUACUUCCUCGGAAGGGCGGUGAUUUUGAGAAGAAUGAUGAGAUCUAUGAUGCGAUUGACGCUAAGGAGAAGGAAUUAGCUCAAAAGCUGGACUUGGACAAGGAAAGGAAGGAUAGAACCCUUGACGAGAUGACUCAGGAGGCAGACAAAUACAGGGCUCUGUUCGCCUAACUGUUAAUGCAGAAUGAUGCGUGCUUCUGUUCAAACUUCUCCGUAGUUUCACUUUCCUGCUUGUUAGGAACACUCUUGGUUUCGUCAGAAACUAGGUUUUAUGCAACUUACUAUAGUAUGCAAUAAUGAUUGAAAUAUUAAUGCUAGGUCAUGCAGGGUUAAAUUUUUUCUAGACGGCGAAUGCUCUCUGCAAACUCCAGAAGAGUCGUAUUUUCUUGCUUCAGGUCAUUUCUAAACAGUAUUUGAACAUCUAAUUGCAUGCCACAAUCCAACCAAAUGUACUGUAUGUGAUUGUAUUACAUGAGGGGUUGUCCGGUUAUGUAUUGUGUCACUGUUUGUCUAAAUCACUACCAUUUGGGACUUCAGUUGCUACUCCCAUUAGCGAUUUUAUUUAGUAUUAUAACAUUCCCUUA